AUGUCUGAAGGCGACAGUAAGCCCGCCCAGGCUGAGCAGGGAAUUGAGCAAAAGGGUAUCCCUGAAUCACACUCAAUCCCUACUUACCAAGUUCCCAAGGCCUACCUCGAGCGAGGCUCUGGCAAGACCCAUUUAAAGGAUUUGGCCGAAUAUGAAUCCAUGUACAAGGAGUCCAUUGAGCAGCCCGAUAAGUUCUGGGGUAAGCUCGCUCGUGAGCUCCUGACUUGGGAUCGCGACUUUGUGACCACCAAGAGUGGCACACUAGCCAACGGCGACGCAUCUUGGUUUUUGGGCGGCCAACUCAAUGCCUCCUACAACUGUGUUGAUCGUCAUGCCUUGAAGAACCCAGACAAGCCCGCCAUCAUUUACGAAGCCGACGAGCCUAAUGAAGGCCGCACCAUCACCUAUGGUGAACUCCUACGCGAGGUCUCUAGGCUGGCUUGGGUCCUCAAGAGUAUGGGUGUCAAGAAGGGAGACACGGUGGCUCUAUACCUGCCUAUGAUUCCCGAGGCUCUCAUUGCUUUCCUCGCCAUCACUCGAAUUGGUGCCAUACACUCGGUCGUAUUCGCCGGCUUCUCAUCUGGUUCCCUUGCUGACCGUGUCAACGACGCGAACUCCAAGAUCGUCAUCACCACCGAUGAGGGUAAGCGUGGUGGUAAGAUUAUCGGUACCAAGAAGAUUGUUGAUGAGGCACUCAAGAAGUGCCCGGAUGUGUCUGGCGUGCUGGUUUACAAGCGGACUGGUGCAGACGUGCCAUGGACCAAGGACCGUGAUCUGUGGUGGCACGAGGAGGUCGAGAAGUGGCCUAGCUAUCUCCCACCUGUGCCCAUAGAUGCCGAGGAUCCCCUGUUCCUGCUCUAUACAUCGGGCUCAACAGGCAAGCCUAAGGGCGUCAUGCACACUACCGCAGGUUAUCUUCUUGGCUGCGCAGCUACAGCAAAGUAUGUGUGGGAUCUCCACGACGAUGAUGUCUUCUUCUGCGGUGGUGAUGUUGGUUGGAUCACCGGACACAGCUACGUUGUCUACGCUCCCCUACUGAGCGGAUGUGCCACCGUUGUCUUUGAGGGCACGCCAGCCUAUCCCAACUUCAGCAGAUACUGGGAUGUUAUCGACCGACACACUGUCACCCACUUCUACGUCGCCCCCACCGCCCUUCGAUUACUCAAGCGCGCCGGUAACGAGCAUGUCAACCAUGAAUUCAAAAAGCUGCGUGUCUUAGGUACUGUGGGAGAGCCUAUUGCGGCCGAAGUGUGGAAAUGGUACAACGAGAUCAUUGGCAAAGAGCAGGCACACAUCAUCGAUACAUACUGGCAAACGGAGACAGGCUCCAACGUCAUUACGCCUCUGGCGGGCAUCACCCCCACCAAACCAGGGUCUGCAUCUUUCCCAUUCUUCGGCAUCGAGCCUCACAUCAUCGAUCCGGUCUCUGGCGAGGAGGUUAGCGGCAACGAUGUUGAGGGCGUGCUGGCAUUCAAGCAGGCAUGGCCCAGCAUGACGCGAACUGUCUGGGGCGCACACAAGAGAUAUAUGGACACAUAUCUCAACGUAUACAAGGGGUACUAUUUCACUGGUGAUGGAGCAGCACGUGACAAGGAUGGAUUUUACUGGAUUCGUGGUCGUGUUGACGAUGUUGUCAAUGUGUCUGGCCAUCGUCUCUCAACUGCUGAAAUUGAGGCCGCUCUCAUUGAACACAGCGGCGUUGCCGAAGCUGCUGUUGUCGGUAUUAACGAUGAACUGACCGGACAGGCAGUCAACGCCUUCGUCGCGCUCAAGGAUGGCACGGACCCUGGUGAGCAGACCCGAAAGGACCUCAUUCUUCAGGUCAGGAAACAGAUUGGGCCUUUUGCUGCACCAAAGGCUAUCUUCAUCGUUGAUGACCUGCCAAAGACUCGAUCCGGCAAGAUUAUGCGUCGGAUCCUCAGAAAGGUGCUAAGCGGAGAAGAGGACAGCUUAGGUGACACAUCGACGCUGAGUGAUCCUAGCGUUGUCGACAAGAUCAUCGAAACUGUUAAGCAAGGCAAGAAGAAGUGA